CUUUGAUUAUCAGUCGCCAGCAGCCCCUCUCUUGGCUCCUUGACACGAGCACCAUAUAAGGCGCAGCGAUCUCCAUAGAAACGUGUCAGUUUCAAUAGUAGUGUCAAAGUUCACUAUAUACAGACAUUCGCGCGGAUCUCCGUUUCGGAAACAUUGCUCCUCCGCUCCUCCCGUCCAAGCGCGUGCAUUUUUUCGGGGGCUUCUUUUUUCUUCUCCUUCUUCUUGUUCUUAUUCCUCCUCUUCUUUUUCAUCACCAUCUUCUUCUCCUUCUCCAUUCGUUGCAUAUUCUAUUAGUUGUGUUGUGUGUUGUCCUCUCUCUCUCUUCCUCUCUCUCUUCCUUUCUCUCUCUUUCUCUAUCUCCCACUCUCCCUCUCUUUCUCUCAGUGUGAGUCUCUCCCUCGCUCUGGCUCUGGCUGGCUCUCGCUCUGGCUCUCUCGCUCUCUCUCUCUCUCUCUCUCUCUCUCUCGCUCGCUCUCUCCCCCUCUCUCUCUCCUUCUCGCUCUUUAUCCUCGCUCCGCUCCGACUGGAAGAGGUGAAACUGCAUAGGCACUCGGGCGACGUUGCUGUCGGUGUGUGUGCGAGUGUGUGAGAGUGUGUGUGCGUGCGUGUGUUUUUGGGGGUCUUCUCUUCUUUUUUCUUUUCUUUUUUUGGAGCUUGGACCAGAUGAGCUUUAUUCAUGAACAUAGAUAGCUCUUCGGCGUUUCCUUCUCUCCAGCAGCGGCGAGGACGGAGAAAGGAACAGGGGAGAAAAAAAGACGGGAAUUUAUCUCGCGCCGCACUUUGGAUCGCGGAUCCGCCGGAGAGAGCUUUGCUUUUCGCCUCCACGUCCACGCCGAGUGCAUGAACUGAGAUAUUUCUGCGCGACAACAGCAACAGAAGCAACAACCGAAAUAUUAAUAAUAAAAUAAAAAAAAAAAAACAUUUUUUCCGUUUUUCUAUUUUUGGGACUCUCUUUCUCCACGCGACCGGGGCACCCGAAUGGCUGACUGCAAUUUACCGUGGAACUGGCCUCCCGACAGCUCUUUAUCCUGAUCGGGCUUUGCCUUCUUCUUCAUCUUCAUCCACCCUCCGUUCAUUCUGUUAUUUUUUUAUUUUAUUUUAUUGUUUAAUGCAGCGAUCGUUUUAGACUCCUACUCCCACCUCGACCCUAUCUCUCUCUUUCUCCCUUUCUCUUCUCCUCUUUUGCUAUGAGAUUGACCGCUCCGGCUUGACUCGUUCAUCUCUUUCUCUCUCUCUCACUCCCUGUCUAUCUAUCUCUCUCUUUCCGUUCUCCCAGUUUUUUCCUUCCCCAAGCUCCGAGACCCGAGCGAGCCGUGUUCGCUUGAAAGCACUUUUUUUCCCUGGGCCCGAGAUAUGGCAAUGGUAGUUAGCGUCUGGCGCGAUCCGCAGGACGACGUGGCCGGUGGAGCUCCGAGCGGGCCCAACCCGGCGGCCCAGCCGGCAAGGGAGCAGCAGCAGGCGGCGUCGGCGGCGCCGCACACCCCGCAGACCCCCAGCCAGCCGGGGCCGCCGUCCACCCCAGGCACGGCCGGAGACAAGGGCAGCCAGAACUCGGCGCAAAGCCAGCAGCACAUCGAAUGUGUGGUGUGCGGCGACAAAUCGAGCGGCAAACAUUAUGGUCAGUUCACCUGCGAGGGCUGCAAAAGUUUCUUCAAGAGAAGCGUGCGCAGGAACUUAACGUACACAUGCCGUGCCAACAGGAACUGUCCUAUUGACCAGCACCACCGCAACCAGUGCCAAUACUGCCGGCUCAAGAAAUGCUUAAAAGUGGGCAUGCGGCGCGAAGCGGUUCAGCGAGGAAGGAUGCCCCCGACCCAGCCGAACCCGGGCCAGUACGCGCUCACCAAUGGGGACCCCCUGAACGGCCACUGCUACCUCUCGGGAUACAUCUCGCUGCUGCUGCGGGCCGAGCCCUACCCGACGUCCCGUUACGGCAGCCAGUGCAUGCAGCCCAACAACAUCAUGGGCAUCGAGAACAUCUGCGAGCUGGCUGCGCGCCUGCUCUUCAGCGCAGUGGAGUGGGCCCGGAACAUCCCUUUCUUCCCCGACCUGCAGAUCACCGACCAGGUGUCCCUACUUAGACUCACGUGGAGCGAGCUGUUCGUGCUGAACGCGGCUCAGUGCUCCAUGCCGCUGCACGUGGCGCCGCUGCUCGCAGCCGCCGGCCUGCACGCGUCGCCCAUGUCCGCGGACCGCGUCGUGGCCUUCAUGGACCACAUCCGGAUCUUCCAGGAGCAGGUGGAGAAGCUCAAGGCGCUGCACGUCGACUCGGCGGAGUACAGCUGCAUCAAGGCCAUCGUGCUCUUCACCUCGGACGCUUGUGGCCUGUCGGACGCGGCGCACAUCGAAAGCCUACAGGAGAAGUCCCAGUGCGCUCUGGAGGAGUACGUGAGGAGCCAGUACCCGAACCAGCCCAGCCGCUUUGGGAAGCUCCUGCUCCGGCUGCCUUCUCUGCGCACCGUCUCCUCGUCCGUAAUUGAACAGCUGUUCUUCGUUCGCUUGGUAGGUAAAACUCCCAUUGAAACCCUCAUCAGGGAUAUGUUAUUAUCCGGGAGCAGCUUCAACUGGCCCUACAUGUCCAUUCAAUGAUCCCAAUGAGCGAGUGAAUACACACACAAAAACGAGAAACAGAGAGAGAGAGAGACAUGAAGGACCAAAAAAAACUCUGAAGCCCUCUUUCAAGAAGACUAUAUAUAGGACCUGGUUUCUGCUCACCCUGGAAGACUUGUUUUUCCCCUCUCUCGUCUUUGUUUUUUGCUUUUUUUUUGUUUUCUUCUGUUGUCUUCUCGGACCGAGGUGGAAUACGUAAUGUAUAAAGAUGAAAGAACUGGACUUUACUCCCUUGUAAAUCCAUUGCCAUCAUCAAGAACAUGCUCCAUUUUGUAAAAUACUAGUCUUUAUUUUCCUUUUUUGUACAAAAGAACAGAAAACCCCACAAAAACAAAAUACGUACAGAUAAAUUGAAGAACAUCAUAUGCGCAGUAAAAAACGAAGACUUAGCAGGAAAGUAAUGUUUCCAAGCAAUUAUAAGAAAUGUCCUGUGUCUAUGUAUCUCUGUUUUGUAUUUUUUUCUGGUUCUAAACCAGUUUUUUUUCUGUGAUUCUAUACUAAUGAUUUUUUGAUAUAACCUUUUGCUUCUUAUAAUGAGUGCGAUAUAUGUUGUUGAAGCUAUGUUCUCCAAGAAUUAAAAUUGAAGUGAGAAUUUAAAAAAACGUUAAAGAACAAAAAAAUAAUAAAGAAAAUUUUAGACAAAUAAGAAUCUAAGAGUCUAAUCGCAAUGACAAUAUCACUGAUGGUUGAACUUGCCCCCAUCCCCCUCCUCCAUUCCUCCUAAUUGAAGCUAUGGACAUGCAACUGCGGCAAAAAAAGAGAAAAAGAAUGAAAAAACUGACCUCAUGGACAUUUUAAGGAGAGGACACCGGUGAAACUUUUUCUUUUCUUUUCUUGGUUGUGUGUGUUUGAGAGCGAGCAAGAGUGUGUGUGUGUAUGAGUCAAUCAUCAGUCAAAGAGGAAAGACGAGAAAUCAAAAGCACUUUUAAUAUAUCAUUUUUCAAAUACAUUUUUGUUUGUUUCGUCUUGAUAUUUUCGUUGUUUCGUUUUUUUUCUUUAUUUGUUUUUUAUUGGUUGUUGCUUCCAUUUUGCUCAAUCCAUGAUAUGCUUGUGCAGAAGGGUCGCUUGAUGAAGUUGUGUGAUGGUGACUAUACUAUUAAAAAAGAAAUAGGCAA